AUGUUUGUUGGUACAACACGUUUACCAAUAUUUGGUUCAGUACCAUUACUUCUUAAUACUUGUCUUCUUCUUUUACUUGAUUCAAGUGGAAAAAUAGUUCAAACUAAAUUAGAAACAUAUGGAUUUUUAAAUGAUUCAGGUGAACAAGAAUAUACACUUGAUGAUGCUACAGAUCGAUUAUCGAAAGCUAUUCUUAUGAAACGAUAUGACGAUGCAGUGUUUUGGGCUAAACAACUUAAUGAUAGUCAUGAAUGGAAUAAAUUUGCAACUGCUUUACUUUAUUCAUUAAAUAUUGAUUAUGCAAUAAAAGUUUUUCGAGAAAUUGGUCAUUCAGGUAUGGUUAUGGCACUUGAAGAAAUAAAACAUGUAGAAGAUAAAAAUCUUGUUUCUGCACAUUUUGCUGCUCUUUUUGGUGAUUAUGAUCUUGCACAAGAAUUUUUUCUUACAUGUGGUUGUCCACUUGAAGCAUAA